CUUCGAUGGUCGCAGCAGGCGCCCCGAGCGCGCUCCGCGGCGCUGGCCUCCCUCGGGGCCUGGGCCUGGGGGGCGCGGCGCGGGCGCCCGCGGGCAGUCGCGCCACCUCCGCGCGGCGAGCCCCCUGUCGUGGGUUCGCGAGGCUGCCCCCGUGAGCGUCAUGAGCGUUCGCGCGCGCGGCGCUCCAACGGAACCCGCGCGAAGGCACGCGCGCGUACGCUGAAUUGUCUGGCCUUAGUCUUCCCGUACGUGCCCGUCUCGACUUCACCGGCAAGCGCGACCCGCAGCAGCGGUGCUGCAGGCGCGCAUGCACCCCGCCGGCACCAUGGCAGGCCCAGUUGGCGAUGGGCCAUGGGCCCCCCUGCAGCAGGCGGACUCGCACGACGAGUCGCGGCCCCGCCGGGCAGAGGAGCGCCGCGGCACUGCACUGGGCGCCAAGUCUGCGAGCCCUGCGAGCGUCGGAGCCGCGCUCGUCUUCACAGGCGCGGGCGAGCCUCGCGGCGAGACGCGAGGAGCAGCAGGAGAGGGGACGAGGAAGGGAGGGUGGCGGGUGGAAAACUGGCAGCCGGACGUCGGAGCCACACGUGUCAGCGGGAGUGCCAGGUGGGCGAGAGAGGUACGAAAACGUAUCCGACAAGCAGUGGGAACGGCGGGCAACCGGUACAGCGGUCAUCCGUCGAUGCCCCUUGUCGUCAUGGUGGCGACCGCGUCUGAUGGCUGGCCACUGCUGCACUGACCGCUCUCCAUCACCACUUCACAGGGAGGGCUCGGCAUCGGAUCGCGACCGGUCGCAGCGCAAGGCGCCCCCACCCGUGAAUACAAACGCG